UUCAGCACAGAAUUAUGAUUCAGAGGAGUCUCUCACAUUUUUUGUAUUUCAAGGACUACACUGGCGAUGUGUCGUUAUUUUCGUUUCUCAGGUAGAAGGGGUAGUUUGGUAGCUAUUUCUACCAAGUUGAACAACUACACAGAGUCUCCUACAUUAAAAGUUAAUUUGUUAGGCGAUGUGUUUUGGUCUAUAACCGGGGUUAUACAUUUGAACAAAGUUAAAUAAAAGGUGUUCUGGGUGUAUUGAACUAAGUUUGGGACCUUUAAAGCUAUAGCACCGGUGUUAUUCAAGCAGAGGGACAAAGAGUCACCGACACCGUUCAUUCAAUUAAUGUUACGUCGACCGACUUAAUUGCAUCUUUGUUUAGGUUGAAAGUGAAUCCUUGUAUUUAUUUCAGUCAUCGGACCACUACUGUGAUGUAACAACGUUUAUGAUUAUUUCCUGAAAGUCCAAAAGUUCGCCAGUCUUUCCUCUUCCAACCGGUGCCCGUUUCUUUCAUUAAUUAUCGUUGGGAAGAUCGUCGUUAACGAUUGUUAGUAAUUAUAUCAUUAAUGUUUAUAUCAUGUCUGAGGUGAACGAUGAUGUUUAUAAAUGUACCACGUUAGGUUGAACGUUAAAGUCCAUAAGCAGUAUACUGUGUUUGGUGAACAGUAAUAUUUAUAAUUGUAUCAUCUUGAGGUGAACGUUGAUAUUUGUAAUUAUAUUAUGUCAUGCUAUAAUGAACAUUAAUACAAGAGUCGCAGGUCCACCACCUUCAUAUAUUAUGUCUUUCAUUUCGUCAUGGACCACUACAACACGAAUUCGUUGCACCAAUUUUACAAGUGCUUUGGAAAUGGAUUUUAAUCACAAUCCAAUGAGUGACUAAUAUUCCUGACUUUUUUUAAUGUUUAAAUGGAAAAGAGAGUUUUAUAUAUAUUGCCAUCUCUUCACACGUUGUACGCUUUUUUACUAUCUGGGUGGACAACCCUGGUCUAUUAGGACAACACACAGAGUUUUCUUUUCUCUCUAAUCUGUCUUCUAUCUUAUCCUUUUUCUAACUGAUUAUUCCGUUUUCCAUGACACAACAUGAAUAUAAAAAAAACUUGUGUAUAUCUGUCAUUUAUACAUACUCUAUAUUCUUAACGUACAUAGAAUCCAUUUACAAUAUCUACAUUUCAUGACAGAAUUAUAAGUAUAUUUGUAUAUUACAAUGUUUGUCGUUUGAAAAGGAUCCAGUCAGCAAAAAACAUUCGAGUGUAACAGAAAAACAAUGCAUAAUUUCUACAAAUGUAAAUGGAAUCCUUUCAGAUACAAGCCAAGAAACUGAACCCAAUUAAAAUUGAUACUUGCAUAGAAUUCUCAACUUUUAAAAUAAUUAAUAUGGAGGACAUUAAUCAUUAGACACUUCUUAUACCACUGUUUUUGAACAAUAUAGACUCAGUUCCAAGGAUUUACAAAAGUGAAAAAUCUUUACAGAGUGAGCCCAUUACAAUAUCGACCGGUGGAAGGAUUAUUGAAUAUCAGAGUGACAUUUGUAAAAAAAAAAUGCUUUCUUCGAAAUGUGAAGUCAUCACACGCAAAGAAACACACAACAAGAAAAAACUAUACCACUGCGAAAUAUGUGGAAAAUAUUUUGUUUCCAAUAGUAAUUUGACAACACAUAAGAAAAUACAUACAGGGGAAAAACCGUUCCAUUGUGAGAUCUGCGGAAAAUCCUUCAUAAAUAGUUCAGAACUCGCUAUCCACAUCCGUAGACACAAAGGAGAAAAGGCUUACCAAUGUGAGGUGUGUGGAAAAUCUUUUAUUACGAAUGGUGAUUUAAAAAUACAUGAACGGAUACAUACUGGGGAAAGGCCUUUCCACUGUGAAAUAUGUGGAAAAGCAUUUGUUAAUAGAUCCCAGCUUGUUGUCCACGUACGGAGACACACGGGGGAAAAAACUUAUCAUUGUGAGGUGUGCGGAAAAUCAUUUAUUACCAAUGGUGACUUAAAAGUACACGAGAGGGUUCACACGGGGGAAAAACCGUUCCACUGUGAAAUCUGCGGAAAAUCUUUUGUAAAUAGUUCGCAUCUUGUUGUCCACAUUCGUAGACACACGGGGGAAAAAACGUAUCAUUGUAAAGUGUGCGGAAAAUCUUUCGUUGCUAACGGUGACUUGAAAAUACACGAACGAAUACACACUGCGAAAAGUCUGUUCCACUGCGAAAUUUGCGGAAAAUCAUUCACCCACAAUUCCCAUCUUGUCAUCCACAUAAGUCGACACACGGGCGAAAAACCCUUUAAUUGCGAAAUAUGCGGACAAUCUUUCUUCACGAACGGACACUUAAAGACACACGGCAGGAUCCAUACGGGGGAAAAACCGUUCCAGUGCGAAACGUGUGGAAAAUCUUUCAUUUAUAAUUCUAAGCUUACAAUACACAAACGUAGCCACACCGGCGGAAACUCAUAUUGUUGCGAAAUUUGCGGAAAGUCGUUUAUCAAUAACUACAAACUUUCGAUCCACAAACGUAGCCACACCGGAGAAAAGCCAUAUUGCUGUCAGAUCUGCGGAAAAUCCUUCGCUGCUAGCAGCAGCCUAACAACGCACAAUAGGGUUCAUACUGGAGAAAACCUUUUCCACUGCGAGAUCUGCGGAACGUCUUUUACCACAAACGGUAGGCUUACAAUUCACAAACGUAGUCAUACUGGAGAAAAACCUUAUCACUGUGAAAUCUGUGGAAAAUCUUUUGUGUCCAACAGUAAUUUAACAGCACAUAAUAGAAUUCAUACGAGAGAGAAACGGUAUCAUUGUGAAAUCUGUGGGAAGUCUUUCAUGAACAAUUCGGAUGUUGUUAUUCACAAACGAGCACAUAGCGGGGAAAAGCCGUAUCCCUGCGAUGUGUGUGGAAAGUCGUUCUCUGUUAAUUCAAGCCUCGUAGUUCACAAAAGGAGACAUACUGGGGAAAACCCGUUUCAUUGUGAGAUCUGCGGAAAAUCUUUCACUCAGACUUCUAGUCUUGUCGUUCACAAAAGAAUUCAUACGGGCGAAAAACCUUACCACUGUGAGAUCUGCGGGAAAUGUUUUGUCUCGAACAGUAAAUUAACGAUACACACAAAAAUACACACUGGAUAACGACUCGUUUCGUUAUAUGUAGAAGGCAACAAGCUGGCAGGAUUAUAAACCUGCGGCGAGCUGGCAGAGACGUUAGCACGUCGGGCGAAAUG